AAGGCGCAAACAGUCUGUUGGGGCUUUAUCUUCAUCUCCCGUCACUUUGCAUAAACCCAGAUACAUAGGGAAUUGCGUCUUCAACUUGCCAUACAACUACUCCCAUGCUAUCGAAAUCCUUUGCAAAUUUUCUCGUCUCUUUGUUGCCUAUCCUAUCUUUUUUCUCUCUCUCUGUUUUCUUUCCUUCUGCCCUCCGAUGGAGUUUCAAGUUAGGCAUGUGGGUGGCAUUGAGAAUUGCUUUAUAUCACUCCCUUUGCAACUAAUCCAGACCCUAGAAUCAACUCGACCCGGUAGUCUCUUCUCUCAAGUUCUCACUCUUGAGCUUCGCUGUCCAAACAAUGAUCAACAAUGGGUUGUGGCUUGGUCCGGUGCUACCUCUUCUUCUUCAGCUAUUGAGGUUGCUAGACAAUUUGCUGAUUGCAUUUCCUUGCCGGACCAUAUCCGUGUUCAAGUUAAAGCUGUUUCUAAUGUGGCAAGUGCUACAUUAGUAACUAUAGAGCCCAGUACUGAGGAUGAUUGGGAAGUUUUGGAGCUUAACUCGGAGCAAGCGGAGGCAGCCUUAUUAAAGCAGGUCAGGAUUGUCCAUGAAGCAAUGAGAUUUCCUUUAUGGCUACAUGGCCAUACUGUAAUCACAUUCCUUGUAGUUUCAACAUUUCCCAAGAAAUCGGUGGUUCAACUUGUUCCAGGAACUGAAGUUGCGGUUGCUCCAAAGAGACGUAAAACGGAUUUAAACAAACAAGAUGCCUCAAUUCAGUCAUCUAGUAAAGAGUCCAAUGUCCCAAAGGCCCUAUUGCGUCUUCAGGAUUUAGAUGCAAGAUUGCUGCACAAAAGUGAGGUCAAAGGGGUUGAGCUUGGUGUUGUGCUCACUUCUGUUGGUUAUGUGCAUCCUGAAACUGCCAAAAAGUUUUCACUGGACGCUCUUCAUAUGUUUACUGUUGUACCAAGAUUAUCAUCAAAAGAGUCUAUAAGGACACCUGAAAGUGAUGUUUCAAGAAUGAAAAGCUCUUCUUCUACCCUUAAGGACGCUAACACUGACCUUUCUACCAACAAGAACGAACAUCGCCAAGCAAUUGUUCGCAUUUUAUAUUCAGAUUCAGUGGCUAAAGGACAUAUAAUGAUAGCUCGGUCUCUUCGUCUGUAUUUGAGAGCAAGCUUGCACUCAUGGGUUUAUUUAAAGAUGUGCAGUUCAGAUUUGAAAGAUAUCACCUCACUAUCAGUUUCUCCUUGCUAUUUUAAGAUGCUUGGACAGGAUAAAUAUAUUCAGAAGAAUAACCUAGUGCUUAACAGCUAUAGAAAUCAAAAGUCAAGAAGCUUGCUUUCAGAAACCACCGCAGGCAUGUAUAUUGGUAUUGCAGAUUGGUCGAUCCAUGACCAAAUUGUGACUGAUCUUUCACACGACUUUCCUUGUAAAGAGGAUGAAGAUAUCACUUAUCAGUCUGAUAAUAAAACAGGAUUAAAAAGACUUCUUGAAGCUUGGUUUCUUGCUCAACUUGAUGCUGUUGCUUCAACUGCUGGGUUGGAAGCUAAUUCAAUAAUAUUAGGAAACGAAACUAUUCUUCAUUUUGAAGUGAAAGGACACAACCCUCAGACUGCUAGGAAAAAAAUGGUGCAAGAAAUGACUUACUCAAAUGGAUCACUUGAUAAAAAAAAAAACACUGGUGAAGUGCCCCUUGAAUUGCUCUUUGUGCUUACUAUUUCUGAGGAGUCUUUGCAAGAGAGUAAAGUUAACAUGUACAAGAUAGUUUUUAAUGAAAGCAAAAAAGGCUAUUUAGGAAGUGCGGAAUUGUUUGGAAAACUGAAAUUGGGUGACCCAUUAUCCUUGUAUACUGUGAAUGAGAGAAACUCUAUCAAAGGCUUUAGUGCAAAUCUAUCUUCUUUGAGCUGGAUGGGGACUAUUGCUACUGAUGUAAUUAACAGAAUGAUGGUAUUGCUGUCUCCUGCUUCAGGGAUGCUAUUCAGUACUUACAAUCUUCCUCUCCCUGGGCAUGUUCUGAUACAUGGACCUCAUGGUUCUGGUAAGACUGUUUUAGCAAGAGCAGUUGCAAAAUCUCUUCAAGAAUGUGAAGACCUCUUAGCACACAUAGUGUUUGUAGGCUGCUCUGGACUUGCUUUGGAAAAGGCAUCGACAAUUCGUCAAGCACUUUCUUCUUACAUAUCUGAGGCUUUGGACCAUGCACCCUCCCUUAUAAUCUUUGAUGAUCUUGAUAGUAUCAUUUCAUCCUCUUCCGACUCAGAAGGACAUCAACCUUUAGCCUCUGUUGUUGCUCUUACAAAUUUUCUCACAGACAUCAUGGAUGAAUAUGGGCAAAAAAGGAAGAGCUCAUGUGGAAUUGGUCCAAUUGCUUUUAUAGCUUCUGUGCAGACUCUGGAGAGUAUUCCCCAGUCAUUGAGCACUUCAGGACGGUUUGACUUUCAUGUGCAACUUCCUGCUCCUGCUGCCUCAGAACGUCAGGCUAUACUGAGGCAUGAAAUUCAGAGACGUUCGCUUCAAUGUUCCAGCGAUGUUUUGCAAGAUGUAGCUUCCAAAUGUGAUGGUUAUGAUGCAUAUGAUCUGGAAAUAUUGGUUGAUAGAACUGUUCAUGCUGCCAUUGGCCGUUUUUUGCCUUCUCAAUACACUUUGGUCAGGGAUGAUUUUUCUCAGGCAAUGCAUGAGUUUCUUCCUGUUGCCAUGCGUGACAUUACUAAAUCUUCUCCUGAAAGUGGUCGCUCUGGAUGGGAAGAUGUUGGUGGUCUCAAGGACAUCAGAAAUGCUAUUAAAGAGAUGAUUGAAUUGCCUUCAAAGUUCCCAAAUAUUUUUGCCCAAGCUCCUUUAAGACUGCGGUCAAAUGUUCUCUUAUAUGGUCCUCCUGGUUGUGGAAAGACUCACAUUGUUGGUGCUGCUGCUGCUGCUUGUUCCCUGCGAUUCAUAUCAGUGAAAGGGCCUGAGCUGUUGAACAAAUAUAUUGGUGCUUCUGAGCAAGCUGUUCGUGAUAUUUUCUCGAAAGCCACUGCUGCAGCACCAUGCCUUCUCUUUUUUGAUGAAUUUGAUUCCAUUGCCCCAAAAAGAGGGCAUGACAAUACUGGUGUUACUGAUCGUGUUGUUAAUCAACUAUAG